GUCGUUCUGUACGUUGCGUGCGGCUGCGACUGCGUUUUGUGUGAGGUGUAUUUGUCCUUCCAUACAGUAUAGAUAACAGUUUUAUUGAAAUUGUUGCUUCUGCUCGUCAACAAGUACUAGAACAGCAAAAAGAAAAACGCGUUGGUUGUAAAUUCAUUACGAAGAUGAAGCUGCUGCUUGUUGGUAAUAGCUACUUGUACUAUCACAACCUGCAGCACCUUCUCCGCGUUUUCCGGGAUGGUGAACAAGGCCGAGAGCAGGCCGCUGAAAACGCGAACAGCAAAAGCGAAAGCGCGAAAAAGUACAACCUGCGCAUCCUGCAGUUGUCGGAAGGGGGCAAGUCGCUGGAGGAUUUCGCGGAGGACUUUGUCGCUAUCCUGCGCGGCGGUUUCGACCCGGAUGUGAUCGUGCUGCAGGACUUCUCCAUGGGGCCGUGCCUGCCCCAGAUGAGGGAAAAAAGUUUGGAAGUCCUGCAGAAAGUCUACGUUCCUGCCUUGCGCGUGUGGGCUGGGACGACUCCGGAGGACGAGGAACGGCGGAAACUGGACAAGCGAAACAAGAAAAAGAAAAUCCCCCUCGAGUCUUCUGCCGCAGACCUGGAAAGGGACUCGCGCAACCGGACCAAACGCGUGUUGUUCUACGCUACUCACGCGCGAGCAAGCUUCAUGUUUGCAGACGAAAACAGCAAAGCGAAGGCUGGGCUGGUAGAAAGUGGUGACGCCAACAUGAACAUCUCAUUCUCGUCGGAGAGGGAGCACAUGGAAGCGCUGGAAGCCGGAUGUAUGCAGUACGUAGAACUGUGCCGGACGGGAAACAUCCCCAACGCGCAGCUACUCCCUAUCGGGCGAGUCUGGUACGAGGUGCGACAGUAUUGCCAGCGGCAGCGGCUGCGCACGCCUCCCGCGGUUGGAGCCGGCGGACGGGGCACCUCUAGUACCAAGAACGAAGGCAGUAGCAGCUUGUUUCAUGAAGACGGGCUUUACCACGACGACGGACGCGCGCACCCCUCACCCAUAGGCAGUUUCCUCACGGCACUCUGCAUAUGGAAGGCCCUAUUUCAGUGCAAGCGCGUCAACUGCGAUCAGACCCUCCCCUGCCUUCUCAUGCCUCACUUGUCCUACACCUACUUCGACGCCCCGUCGCGGGAAGCUGGAGAAGCAGAGCAGGCAAGGAACAAAAGUUUUCCCGAUACAACUGUUUUUACCAAGAAGGGAGCUGUGCUUGCAGAAGUCGAAGCUGCAGGGAAGAAGCUGAAAAGUGCGAAGCCGCCGGUUCAGUUUCUCGAGGAAGCGAAAAAAGCCGCGGACAUCGGGGUUUUGAAGGACUUCAAAUUUUCCGAAGCAUCAACACAUGUGAGCGGCGGAGCCGCUGUUUUUGCAUGUUUGCGUGACCUUGUCGACCGCCGAAUGCUGAUUCCAACCACAGCUGCUUCUGCCUCAAAACAAUCGACGCCAAUUUUCCAUCAGCACGACGUAGGGCAGGACACCGCUGCAGGAACAGAAGUUCUCCCGCUACUUGCGUUCGAUUUUGUUGCAGAUUGAAGCUUGAUGUAGUUAUUCAUUAUUCUUUCUUAAUUAGAAAUAGUGUCUGUGAUAUACCUGUGUUUUAUUUUGAUCAUCAGGUCACGAACGAUAUCCGACAACUUGAAAUUCGCAGUCGCAAUCAAUUUGCUUCGUGUUGACGGCAGUGCGAGGGCCUGCUUUGGGUAUCGUAGAAGCUGAUGCCGAAAUACGUUGGUACUCAUAUUGAUAGCCCAUCAGUCACGAAGAACAAGGACAUCGACGAAAGCGGCAAAGCCAAGAACUGUUCCGGAGCAUUUUGAACAU